AGGCAAAGCUCUCUGUCUGUGACCACGGCUUGUGAUUUGUGAAGAAGCAGCCUCACACUUGCAGGGUCAAAGCAACGAUCUAGAGAUGGAUAAUUACUGCCACUGCACAUACGAUGAUCGGCCAAAUCUCCAUUGUAUCUACUCACAAGCAGCAUUGACAUGUGUCAUCUUCCUCUCUGCAUAGAGUCACCCAAAGAAUGGCGACGGACAAAGUGAGCUUGAAGCUUCUGGUCAACAAGAGCACCCGAACGGUGCUCUUUGCUGAAGCAGGCAAAGAUUUUGUAGACUUCCUCUUCCACAUCCUUGCAUUGCCGGUCGGAACGGUGAUCCAGCUCCUCACAAAAACCGGGAUGGUGGGCAGUUUAGGCAAUCUCUACGGCAGCGUCGAGAAGCUGAACGAUGUGUACAUUGAACCUUCCAAGAAAGACAUUCUCUUGAAACCCAAAGCACCCUCCUGUGUCUCUGAAAUCCCACUUAUAUUGCCUGAGACUUCUUCAGAUUCAACGCCCAAAACCUACUACAGGUGCCCUCAACGUUCGUAUAAUAACUGUUCAGGCUAUGUGGCAGAGGACCCUUCUGCACAAUGUCCCCAGUGCAAUAAUUCCAUGAACCAACCAUUCACUCUUGUCAAAUCACUGGCUGGUAACCCGGCGGCUGCUGCGGCAUCAGUAGCUGAAUCAAAUAGUAAGGCUGGUUUCGUGCACGGGGUGGUUACGUACAUGGUGAUGGACGAUCUGGAGGUGAAGCCAAUGUCGACUAUCUCAAGCAUUACUUUGCUUAACGAGUUCGACGUGAAGGAGAUUGGGCUGCUCGAGGAGAAGGUGGUCAGCUUGGGAAUGGACGAGGGUAUAAAGCUAUUGAGGAUUUCAUUUCACUCCAAGAAGGUUCUCACGGAUGUCUUUCUCGAUGACAAGUGAGAGAGAUCGUGAUCAAGUGGCUAUGUGUGUGGGGAUGUGUGAUAUAAGAAGUAUGUGGAGUGAUAUGUUCUGAUUUUGUGAAAGUAUAUGCAAGUCGUGCAGCGCGGGCUGACAUUUUUAAGGUUUUUCUUUUUUGUGUGGACGAUUAGCAAGUUUAUCAUCUCUUUUAGCGAUAUGACUGUAUUAGUCUGGUUGUAAAAAUGAGUGAACAUGCUGAAGAAAGAAUAUAAGUCUCAUAGCCUAUAAUGAAUGAUAAAGCAUUUGUCAGAAA